GCCUCCCUGGUCCUAGGUUCCUGCUGGUCUUCUCCUGCCUUGUGCUGUCCGUGUUCUCCACCAUCAAGGAGUACGAGAAAAGCUCGGAGGGUGCCCUCUACAUCCUGGAAAUCGUGACCAUCGUGGUGUUUGGUGUGGAAUACUUUGUGCGGAUCUGGGCCGCGGGCUGCUGCUGCCGGUACCGUGGCUGGAGGGGGCGGCUCAAGUUUGCCCGGAAGCCCUUCUGUGUGAUCGACAUCAUGGUGCUCAUCGCCUCCAUCGCAGUGCUGGCCGCCGGCUCCCAAGGCAACGUCUUCGCCACUUCUGCGCUCCGGAGCCUGCGCUUCCUGCAGAUCCUCAGGAUGAUCCGCAUGGACCGGCGUGGCGGCACCUGGAAGCUCCUGGGUUCUGUGGUUUAUGCCCACAGCAAGGAGCUGGUUACUGCCUGGUACAUCGGCUUCCUCUGCCUCAUCCUGGCCUCGUUUCUGGUGUACUUGGCAGAGAAGGGGGAGAAUGAUCACUUCGACACCUACGCAGAUGCGCUCUGGUGGGGCCUGAUCACCCUGACAACCAUUGGCUACGGGGACAAGUACCCCCAGACCUGGAACGGGAGGCUCCUGGCAGCAACAUUCACCCUCAUUGGUGUCUCCUUCUUUGCUCUUCCUGCUGGCAUUUUGGGGUCUGGCUUUGCCCUGAAAGUUCAGGAGCAGCAUCGGCAGAAACACUUUGAGAAGAGGCGGAACCCUGCUGCAGGCCUUAUCCAGUCCGCCUGGAGGUUCUACGCCACCAACCUGUCGCGCACGGACCUGCACUCGACGUGGCAGUACUACGAGCGCACGGUCACCGUGCCCAUGUACAGCUCGCAAGCUCAAACCUACGGGGCCUCCAGACUGAUCCCGCCGCUCAACCAGCUGGAGCUGCUUCGGAACCUCAAGAGUAAAUCUGGACUCACGUUCAGGAAGGAGCCGCAGCCGGAGCCAUCUCCCAGUCAGAAGGUCAGUUUGAAAGACCGUGUCUUCUCCAGCCCCCGAGGCGUGGCCGCCAAGGGGAAGGGGUCCCCGCAGGCCCAGCCUGUCAGGCGAUCGCCCAGUGCCGACCAGAGCCUGGAGGACAGUCCCAGCAAGGUGCCCAAGAGCUGGAGCUUCGGGGACCGCAGCCGCGCACGGCAGGCCUUCCGGGUCAAGGGGGCCGCGUCUCGGCAGAACUCGGAAGAAGCAAGUCUCCCCGGGGAGGACAUUGUGGAUGACAACAAGAGUUGUCACUGCGAGUUUGUGACGGAAGACCUGACCCCCGGCCUCAAAGUCAGCAUCCGGGCCGUGUGUGUCAUGAGGUUCCUGGUGUCCAAGCGGAAGUUUAAGGAGAGCUUGCGGCCCUAUGACGUGAUGGAUGUGAUCGAGCAGUACUCAGCCGGACACCUAGACAUGCUGUCCCGCAUCAAAAACCUGCAGUCCAGAGUGGACCAGAUCGUGGGGAGGGGCCAGGCAAUGACAGACAAGGACCGCACCAAGGGCUCGGCGGAGGCGGAGCUGCCAGAGGACCCCAGCAUGAUGGGCCGGCUGGGCAAGGUGGAGAAGCAGGUCCUGUCCAUGGAGAAGAAGCUGGACUUCCUGGUCAGCAUCUACACACAGCGCAUGGGGAUCCCGCCCUCAGAGACUGAGGCGUACUUCGGGGCCAAGGAGCCGGAGCCUGCGCCGCCAUACCACAGCCCCGAGGACAGCCGUGAUCACGGGGACCGUGGCGGCUGUAUUGUUAAGCUCAUCCGCUCCACCAGCUCUGUCGGCCACAAGAAUUUCUCAGCUCCCCCAAUUGCACACCCCACCCAGUGCCCUCCCUCCACCUCGUGGCAGCAGCAGGGCCACCAGCGCCAGGGCCACGGUGCCUCGCCCGUGGGGGACCAUGGCCCGCUGGUGCGCAUCCCUCCACCGCCUGUCCACGAGCGCUCGCUGUCUGCCUACAGCGGGGGCAACCGGUCGAGCACGGAGUUUCUGCGGCAGGAGGACGGGCCAGCCAGCAGGCCACACGAGGGCGCGCUGCGGGACAGCGACACGUCUAUCUCCAUCCCAUCCGUGGACCAUGAGGAGCUGGAGCGCUCCUUCAGCGGCUUCAGCAUCUCCCAGUCCAAGGAGAACCUGGACGCUCUCAACAGCUGCUACGCGGCCGUGGCACCCUGUGCUAAAGUCAGACCCUACAUCGCCGAGGGCGAGUCGGACACAGACUCGGACCUCUGCACCCCGUGCGGGCCACCGCCGCGCUCGGCCACGGGCGAGGGCCCCUUUGGCGACGUGGGCUGGGCAGGGCCCCGGAAAUGAAGCCCCUGCCUGCCUCUCCCUGACUCUUGACCUUGAGGUUUCGAGGCGGGACCCUCAGGGCCUGUUUUUGGAGUCACGCUGUGGGUGCCCGUGCAGGGAGCGGUGGCGGGUGGGGGGUCGUCUCCUCAGUGAAGGUUAACAUAAGUCUUUUAACAACGAAGGG